AUGCUUCGUCAAGUAAAACCUCGCAACGCCCGCUCAAAGCGAGCCCUCGAGAAGCGCGAGCCCAAAGCCGUCGAAAACCCCAAGCAAUGCCUCUUCCUCCGCGGCACAUCCUGCUCCCAAGUCGUCCAAGAUGCCCUCAACGACCUCUACUCUCUCCACCUGCCUCUUGCCAAAAAAUUCACCAAGAAGAACCCCAUCCACCCGUUUGAGGAUGCCACAUCGCUCGAGUUCUUCUCGGAGAAGAACGACGCCUCGCUGCUCGUCUUUGGAAGCAGCCAGAAGAAGCGCCCCCACGCAAUGACCUUUAUCCGCACAUUCGGCUACAAAGUCCUCGACAUGCUAGAGCUGUACCUUGACCCGGAGACGUUCCGCACCAUGGCCCAGUUCAAGAACAAGAAGUUUGCGAUUGGCCUGCGGCCCAUGCUCGUGUUUGCGGGGACGGCAUUUGAAAGCCCCGUCACCAACGAGUUUACGCUGGCAAAGAGCCUCCUCCUCGACUUUUUCAAGGGCGAGCCCGCUGACAAGAUUGACGUGGAGGGGCUGCAGUACAUUAUUUCGGUCACGGCAGAGGACACGACCGGCGAUGGGGAUGCCAAGCCGGCGAUUCACCUGCGCGCGUACAUGAUCCAGACGAAACGUAGUGGGCAGAAGCUGCCGCGCGUGGAGGUGGAGGAGAUUGGACCCAGGAUGGACUUUAGGGUCGGCCGUGUCAAGGAGGCGGAUGAGUCUAUGCUCAAGGAGGCCAUGAAGAAGGCUCGCGGCCUGGAGGAGCGUCCCAAGAAGAACAUCACUACGGAUUCGAUGGGUGAUAAGAUUGGCAGGGUGCACUUGGGUAGGCAGGAUCUGAGUGAGUUGCAGUUGAGGAAGAUGAAGGCGUUGAAGAGGUCGAGAAACGAUGACGGGGAAGUUGCAGAUGUGAUUGAUGAUGAUGCCACCAAGAGGAUAAAGCGUUAG